AUGGCCUCUCCUGUUGUUCCUGGGCAGGUUCUGGGAAGUACUACGUCAUACUUGCCCGGACCAGGAACGCACGUCUAUGAGGACAAUAUUCUGGCCUCGAUCAUUGGCAGUUCUCUUAUCACGCCUGCAGUCAACAAGACCACCAAACCCACAAUCUCAAUACCACGUAACAAUGCCGCCAAUGCAACCAGAGCCAGUGCUGCAACUGGAGCACUGCCCAAGGUCGGUUCCAUCAUUCUUGGAAGAGUCACUCGCGUUCAACAGCGCCAGCUCUCAGCAUCGAUCCUGAGCGUCGAUCCUUCCCCUUCUGAUAUCCUCUCUUACACGCAAAUGACCAAUGACGAUCUCCAAUUCCAAGCGGUGCUUCGAAGGGAAGAUGUUCGCACCCACGAGAAAGAUAAAAUCGUUAUCAAUGAGAUGUAUAGAGUGGGAGACAUCAUCCGCGCCUCUGUGAUCAGUCUGGGUGAUGAGAGAAAUUACUACAUCAGCACUGCUGGCAACGAGUUUGGAGUGGUGGUUGCUACCAGCGAGAAUGGAAAUGCGAUGAUUCCUGCGAGCUGGAAGGAGAUGAGAGACGUUGUGACGGCCAAAGGAGAAGGCAGGAAAGUCGCCAAACCAGUAUGA